GAGCACACAGUGAGAGAGAGUGAAGAGAGAAGAGGCUAAGGGAUAUCUUGGUUUCAUGGAUUGCUGUGUGGAGGGGAAGCUAGCGUUACAUGAGUGAUUCUGUGUGGUGACAGUGUGUGUGUGUGUGUGUGUCUGCGUGCAUGUGUCUGUGUGUGAGGGCCAGCUCGGUGCAUCGCUAUACGUCCUUCAAACACCUGCUGCUCCAACAGGAAGGAAAGGAAUAGGCCUACUGCGGUUGGAGAGGGAUUCUUGUGCAGUCCAUGUAUCGUCGUUGUCAUGGGUGACGUGGAGAAAAAAAGACCAGCCAUUGCAGGCAGAGAAAGAGGACCAGGACCUGGACGUUACUCACUGCCCUCUACCAUCGGCUUCAUUGGCCACGACUUCACAAAACCCACCAGCCCUGCUUGCUCCUUCCACGGACGCAUGAGCAACAACAUGUACUCCGUAGACUCCAGCCCUGGGCCUAGAUACUAUGUUGAUGCUAAAAUCACUCGCUUUGGAAGAGAUGGAAACCCUGCAUACUCAAUCUUGGGUAGAGUGAAAGCACAAAGAACGAUCUUCCAGACACCUGGACCCGGAGCCUACAGCCCCGAGACCCCUACCUACAACACCAAACGCAAGCCCCCCUCCUACACCAUGGGCUCCCGAACACAGUACCGGGCCUUGGACGCUGUGCCCGCACCAAAUAAGUACUCCCUGCCGUCACUAUUGGGGCCCCAGGUUCCCAACAAGGCAGCCAGCGCGAGCUACACCAUGUCUGGCUUCUACAAGACUGGGAGCCCAUCCGAAGAUCUAUCCAAGACCCCUGGGCCAUGCAAAUACAACUGCACAGACCCCAGUGUGUAUCUGCGCAGACAGCCAGCCUUCUCCAUGCUGGGGCGCCACGGCCUACCCAGGGACGCCACUAAGAAGCCGGGCCCGGGGACCCACAACCCUGAGAAGGUGACCAUCAACAAACCCCGGGCGCCGGCCUACUCACUGGGCACAAGACACUCAGAGUUUGUGACCCCUUUGGUAGUUCAAUUGGCGGACUGAACUGAACUGCAGCCCCAACUUCUGCAUCAUGUAAGGGGGAAGAAUAGAUGUGAACAUAGACAUGGUAGUAAACAGCAAAUGCAUCGAAAAAUGAAUUAACAAAUGUGUAUGUGAAUUCACUUUUUUUAUUGAGGUCACUACAAAACAGUUUUUUCUCAAACAGAAUGAAAUAGUUGCGGAAAGAACAAAUGCUCAUAAAGGCCAUCAGCAUAAAGGACAAAUAAAAGAUUGAACCAUAGAAGUACUUUCAGAACAUGAAAUUCUUACAUUAAAGAAACAUAAAACAUCAAAGCAGAACAAUGUGACUGAUCCAGGGAAACUUCUACCUUCAUACGGUAAGCAUUGAGCUCAUCAAACACAGCACAACUUGUACCUUGUUGGCCAUAACAGCUGAGCUCCAACUUUCAGCUCUCAGUCCUGCUGGCCCUUUUUUACAAGUUUUUAAAUAAAAGAAACAACAUUUGGAGAUGCACUCUUGAGAGAGGAAGGGCCUGGAGAACGAUAAUUACAUAUAGACACGAGAGAUAGCCCUCCCUCAUUCCAGUGGAAGAGCCCGUCUGAACAGUAGAAUGUGUGGCUCUGGAAAGAACAAACAAAGCAACAAUGUGUCAGUAUAGCAUCCCUGAUUGAGGAAGGCAAUGGAAAAAACAAUGGCUGAACCCACAUCAAGUCCACAUCUAUGACUGAAUAAUAACUAUGUAAUACUGGGGUUAUAAACAUGUUGUUCACCUGGUUUGUGGAUCAUGUAGUGAAUCCACCCUUGACUCUGUUGGACGCCCAGGCCCCUCCACUCGUCCUCCGUCAUCAGGUGUGACGUGGGCACCAGUUUGGACAGUUGCUUGGGAAGCAUCACAUGCCUGCCAACGAGACGAAAUCCGUAUGAAACAAAUCGUUGAAACAUUUCACCGUUUGAACUUUUAAAACCAUGUUAUUGCCAUUCGACGGUUUGGCAGGAUUGCUUUUUGUUGGUUAACGUUAGACAUUCGAUUUUACCCUUCCCUUCGUGGCAAAACAAACCAGAAACGGGGUGCUUUUUACAUUGACGAUCGCACAGUAAUAACACUAGCACACAACACUCGACAGUAUGUUUUGGUUAUAACGCCAUGUUAAUAGGGCAUACGGCUAACUUAAACACUUUAUAAUGGUGCAUAGCCAGCGUUGGACUUGUUUUAAGAUCGCUAACCACACGCUGACGUCAGCGUGGUAACAGUAGCGAGAAGUGGAAAACAACUUAUGAACAAAUAUGAAGUAACCCACCUGUACUCAAACUCCUCGUCGGUGUAUUUGUCGGAGUAGAAAAUCUGCUUUUUCGACAUAUUGACGAAAUCGUUGGUAUUCAAGUCUUAGUAGUGAUACUGUAGUGAUGUUUACGAUAGCAACUCUUCAUCCGCCUCUGCCGCUGGUUUCGGUCUGCGUAAAUUUAAACUGAAACGUCCCCGCCUUCCGCACUGUGGGGACGGGAGCCGCGAGGGGACAAAUGAGCGCUUCCUAGUCGUACGCAUACACGGCAAUCAUUUUAACGCAAUAUUGAAACUUGUGUCAAUUCACAAAAAUUAACAAGGCAUUGCAUACGAUUCUAUAGCCUAUAUUGGUUAUUUUUACAUCUUAUAAUGAAAUACAACAUGCAGACAUACGCAUGCAUCAAAGUAAACGUAACGUUUUUUCCAAUAUUUUUUGCAAACAAACAAAAUAUUUCACAGUAUUAAACUAACAUUAAGUUGUCCAUGGAUCCAGCAGGUCCACUUAUCAUUACAACGUAAGUAAACAAACUUGGCGUUCUUUUGAUGUUCUCUGGCCAGAAAUAGUAUGUGUUGUUCUGAGAUGUAAUCAGGUUUCGCCUGUGUAAUGCCUGCUAAUGAGUGGAGGUGGAUUCACAGCAUGACUUGUGCUGCUCUUGUAUGCCAAGCAAUCGAGGGAGCGUGUAAAUAUAUCAACCAUUUAUGCACAGGGCUGCAACAGAAUUACUUUGACGUUGACACCGGUUUUUCCAUAUCAGAAAUAGAUAGUAGAAGAACACAUGCAUUGCAUUUGUUACUUGCACAAUUGGUACUUAAAUUACGAAGAAGUACCAUCAACUUUAUCAUAUGUAUGACGUUAUAGUAAAUCAAUAUUGAUUGGCUAUAUUAUCCCAUUAGCAUUGUUCUGAAGUUAAAUGUAGGCCUAUCUUUCUUAUUUAAAGGCUUAUUUUAUAUUACUUGACUUCAAAUGAGGUAGCAAUACAGGUAGUAUAGAUGUUAAGUCCACGGGCACUGGACAUAACGGGGAUUUGGUUAGUAGGCUAACUCAGACAACUGUCAGUCGGAUAUUUUGGGGAGGAGGAGGGUUGCUUUGGCACUGGGAGUAUGUGUCCUGUCUUAGUACAUUUUACAGUGAAACAGACUGCUGGCCGUUGGCAAAGGAAUAGGCUAUCUUCAAAUCCCGCCAAUGACCUGUCAUGGACGAUACUGGUUUAUCAAAUUAUGAUACAGUGCAUCAUUAGGGAGACAUCUUAUAUCUUCUAUCGGUGAGUUUACUGUAAGUUUAUGAACAUAAUUAUCUUUUUUUAAUGCUGUGAAACCAUGCAAACAUUGUGCAAAUGUUUUAGUGGUUAUAUAGCCUAACACCAUUAAAACAUCUGCAAAAACUGCUACUCUCAAAGUUAGUUUUGCUUUGCAUUGUUUCUAUGAUUUUCUUUCUUUUAAAAGAAAAACCUCAGAUAUUUCUAACAGAGUCAUAUCUGGGCAGUGGGCAGCAAGAAAAUAGUAUAAAUGUCACUGAAUGUUAAUAAAGCUGUGCUGGUUUGCUGUACUAUGUAAGACAAAGGUAGUUUAUAUUUUGCCGUAUAGUUAAACAGUUGCAUAAAGGUUUUUAGUUCCGAAAUAUCCAGCAAAAUACGUUUUCAAUGUCAAAAAAAAGAAUCCAAAAAGUUUCUUGAUUUAGAUAUGGUAGUUAUUCAAUCCAAAUCCCUCACAGUCUGUUCUCUAGCUUUUUCCAAGAAACCCAACUCACUGGCAGUGGAGACUUCUAUAAAUACGUGCUCUGUUUUCCGUGCACUUGAUUUGACCUUGCGUUAAGGCAGAUUAUGAGAUGAAUACAAAGAUGUUUUCCAGUGUUGCUGCUCUUUGGAUUUUCUUCUCAGAUAAGAGAGUGUGUGUGUGUGUGUGUGUGUGUGUGUGUGUGUGUGUGUGUGUGUGUGUGUGUGUGUGUGUGUGUGUGUGUGUGUGUGUGUGUGUGUGUGUGUGUGUGUGUGUGUGUGUGUGUGUGUGUUUAUAUGUGGGCAUGUGUGUUUGUACUACAAA